AUGUCUCACACAACUAUGAGCUUCCAAAUGAAUCAGAUGGCAACGUCCCCAGCAGAAACUUGUGGCAGUACGCUCGCCGACCUUUAUGCAUGCCUAGCCAGAGUCAAUAAGCAGCUUGCAGGACUUCCAAAAGCCGUCCCACUGACCACCUCCAAAUUCGAGAAUGCCUGGGUCAGCAGAGAUCGCUCAGCAAAAGCACGACAAGAGGCCGCUUCGCGCAAGCGUGGACUAUUAGCAGAGCAAGGCUCGCUGAGGGCAGCCAUAGGAAGCAAAUCGAAGCGUGGUGUGCGAGAAUUGCAUGUCUUUGAUCUUCCCGAGGAAAUAAUCUGCCAGAUCUUUGAGCACCUACGGGGAUCGCCCUAUGUGGAGGAGGCGAGUGGUCUGGCCUGCUUGCGCCAUGCCAGCAAAGAUAUCAGGAAUGUUCGACUAACAUGCCGGCGCUUUUACGGGGCAAGCUCGCAUCUUCUCUUGAGCCUUAUCACGCUGGACCUAAGUGCAGCCUCGGCGUCGCGCAUUCGGGACAUAUCGCAGCAACCCCUCAUCCGCAGAGGUGUGCGUGGGGUCAAAGUGCAGAUGCAAUUCUAUGACGAAGGUCUAGCGCACAGUCUACGGGACUUUGCCAUUUAUAAUAUCGUCAAGCUACGACAAGAGAUUCGGAGGCUGGAAGGCUUAUCCGAAUGGAACAACAACGAAAAGGAUAUCAAAAAGGCCAACCUGAUUGUGAACUCAUGGUUGGCACUAGUCGAGAACCCCCUUCAGCCAGCUCAUGCAAUGGACGAGAGGCACCUGCGCUACCAGAAUCUGUUGUUGGACGCCCACGAAGAAUACAAACUUCUCAGAAAGAAACAGUGCAACACUUUGGAAGAUGGAAGCUUUAUCAAGGCAGUCGGCCAGGCCUUGAGCCGCAUGCCUCAAGUGAAAGGACUUCAGCUAUGCGGAGGCAAUUGGUUUGACAAUGUGCGCAUAAGAUUUGGUGUUCUCAAGAGCGACCAUAUCCUUCGCCAAGCUCUUUUACUGCCCAUGACCUGCCAUGAGAUGGAUUUCCAGCCCAUACAAACCCUCAAUGCUUGGGGCCAACUGUUCCACGAUCAGAGCAACGCUCAAACAAUCUCCAACAGCAUAUCGCGGCGUGUAGUAGGCAAGAGUCGACGUCAUGUUCAAAAAGUCAUGCUCAGUGACUUUGUUAUCUCGACAAGUCUUCUAGAGAACUUUCUCAACUGUCUGGGUGGUUCGCCACUGAAAGUGACAUUGAAAAACGUGGGCUUGAAAACGGGCACAUGGGAAGGGAUUUUGGACCUUUUACGGCAGCAUGAUUACUGCGUCUGGCGAAUCGAUGAACCUGUUGGUGCGGAGCUCAACUUGAUGGCAGUCGCAGAGAAGCGGCGUAUAUUCGGCAGUUCAAGAUCAAAGUCAUCCGAGGGGCUCAGUCUGGCAGAAUCUUACAUUGCUGGCGUACCGGGAUUUACCAACCCAUUCACAGUCGACACGGCGAGUGACGAAGAGUAG